AUGCUGAGAUUACAGGAAGCUGAUAAUGUACUUAUGUAUAGUCGUGAUGAACUUAAAAAAGAAUUAGAAUCUAAGAAAAAUCGUAAAUUUCAGGAAAAAUGUAUUCUAAUAGCCCAGAUACUUCUUAAUGAGGAACCCGUGGUUGAAUAUCGGCCAUCUGCCUUCUUCCGAAGCAAUAGAAUUGCGUUAGAGGUUCAAGAGGCUCAACAUCGGCUCCAUAACACUAGCUGGUAUAAAGAUGUUAAAAAACUCGAGGAUAUUGUUAACCGUGAUCGAAAGAAAAGAACCUUGUGUCAACUUAACGGGAUUUAUCUUCUUGAGGUAUGGUAUGAUGAGAAUCUAGAAGUCACUAUUCCUAAGAAGAUAUAUAAAUUUAGAGCGCUUAUUGAUAGAAAAAUCUUUAAUCUUGAUUAA